AGCUCUCCGGCUCUGCUUCGUGUGCGUUGGCUUGCUCUCUCCAGCAGAUUUCCAAUCCAUCGCCUCUGCCUUUCUGCCUGGCUCUGCCUUCCCUCACACACUGGGCUCGGGCUCGGGGCCGCGGUAUGCCGGACAUUGGCUUGCCCCAUGCACUCACCACGAGCCGUCUGCUGCCUUGUAGGUCAUCAGCAACACCUCGGCUGGGACACUGCUUUCGUCAAUCUUUAACCUUCGGCGAUGAAAGGGCUGAAAAAUCGCGUGCUAUCAUCGAGAAACAAAUCUUCUCCUCCCGAAACAACCAGCCCCGUCGCCUCAAAGACCGCCGGUAUCACAGGCAAAGUUGCUGCUGCACCCCAGGCUUCUCCUUCCAAGGCCGACAGCAAGCCCACCUCUGCUUCCCCUUCGAACCCGUCCACCACGCCCCGAGCAAAGGAUAAUACGACGAUACCCCCCGCCCAAAAGCCGGCUUCAGCUCCAGUCAAAAAGGAAGACUCGAAGAUGGAGCCUCAGCCAGGAUCAAAUAUCUUGAAAGCCAAUGGACCGAAUGCUAUUGGCGCUGGCUCUGCGGCAGGGGGACACAAGGCCAAUCCCAUCGACAGGGAGAUCCCAAAGAGCGGGCCCUUGAACCGGCUGAAGAACGGGCCAAAGGACACCAUUCCCGUUUCGAAGGCCCCUCGGCGCCAGCGGUCAUCGCGCUUCCAUGUUACGGAGCGAGUCGAGCUCGAGAAGCUCAGCAACUUUAAGGACGUCCCUGCUGCGGAGCGAUCGGAGCUAUUCAUCAAGAAGCUGCAGCAGUGUUGUGUCAUUUUCGAUUUCAACGAUGCUCUGUCGGAUCUGAAGGGAAAGGAAAUCAAGCGACAGACACUGACCGAGUUGGUGGACUAUGUCACCAACAACCGCGGCGUUAUCACCGAGCCCAUCUAUCCAGAGGUUAUCAGCAUGUUUUCCUCCAACCUGUUCCGCACCAUCCCGCCCCAAGUCAAUCCCACGGGCGACGCCUUCGACCCGGAAGAGGAUGAGCCUGUGCUCGAACUCGCGUGGCCCCAUCUUCAGAUCGUCUACGAGUUCUUCUUGAGAUUCAUAGAAUCGCCUGAUUUCACCACCAACAUUGCCAAAAAGUACAUUGAUCAGCACUUUAUUCUGCAGCUUCUAGAGUUAUUCGAUAGCGAGGACCCCCGCGAGCGUGAUUUUUUGAAAACAACACUUCACCGAAUCUACGGCAAGUUCUUGAAUCUACGAGCCUUCAUCCGACGAUCCAUCAACAACGUCUUCUUCCACUUUGUAUACGAGAUCGAGAGACACAACGGCAUUGCUGAGCUGCUGGAGAUCCUGGGCAGCAUCAUCAAUGGAUUCGCCCUGCCACUAAAGGAAGAGCACAAGGUGUUCCUGACCCGGGUUUUGAUCCCUCUACACAAGGCAAAAUCGCUGACAUUGUACCAUCCCCAGCUGGCGUAUUGUGUUGUUCAGUUUCUAGAGAAGGAUCCGUCGCUCACGGAGGAGGUUGUUGGCGGUCUGCUUCGCUAUUGGCCAAAAGUCAACAGCCCCAAAGAAGUCAUGUUCCUGAACGAAAUGGAGGAGAUUCUGGAUGUUAUGGAGCCUCAGGAGUUUGUCAAGAUCCAGACGCCUCUGUUUACACAGAUUGCUCGAUGUGUCGCCAGUCCCCACUUCCAGGUUGCUGAGCGCGCACUCUACUACUGGAACAACGACUACAUCAUCAACCUCAUUGGCGACAAUGCCAGCGUCAUUCUCCCCAUCAUGUUCUCCUCCCUGUACAAGAACUCGAAAACCCACUGGAACAGAACGAUCCACGGGCUCGUUUACAAUGCCCUGAAGCUCUUCAUGGAGAUUAGCCCAAAGCUUUUUGACGAGUGCACCAACAAGUACAAGCAAAACCGACAGCUGGAGCGAAAAAAGCAAAAGGAUCGCGAGGAUGCUUGGAUCAAGAUCGAGAACAUGGCCACGGCAAACGCUGCCAAGCUGCCCUCGGAGCUCGCCACCCGAUCCAUCAACAACCUGCUCCAUCACCACCAGCCCAUCCUGCCCCUGGCUUCGGAGUCGCCGAGCCAAGGUCCCGACGUUAUCAGCGGAGGUGCGGAGGACGAGAACGGGGAGGACGACUUGACCAAAGAAAUGGCGCAAUUUGACGAGAGGCCGACGCCCCAGCGAUUCCGAAGGAAGUCGGUCCUCCCAGUGGACGAGACCGUGCUCAGCGAGCUGAGCCGCCACAAAUCGCUGGAGGACUUAAUAGACGGCAAGGUCAAGGCCGGCGCAACGGCCCGAUUAGCCGACAAAGAAACCGAGUGAGGCCGGGAUGGCUUGCUCGCAAUCGAGCGUUAGCCGCCGCAACCCGCCUCGCCUCGCCUCGCCUCGCUUCGACCUAGCCCCAUUCCACCCCCCCCCGUUUCUCUCUCUUUCCACCCCACCACCCGCCUACACUUCUUCGGCUUUGAGUUUAUGGUUGCGCUAUCAUUUUCUUCUCCUUUCUUGCUUGUUGACAGUCUGUGCAAAAUGAAGCGGGACACCCUGGAUAUUCUGAGGAUGGCUGCCCUAUAUUUGUUUCUCUCUCUCUGGUUCUGGAAUACAACAUGCUCACAAAA